AUGGACAUUGAACGUCGUCAAAUUUGGGCCCAGCCCACUACAAGCACUUCUGCACAUUCAUCAUGCACACCAUUCCUUUUACCAAGCAAUGGCGUACUCACGAUCAAUAACUCCUUUACGGUAACGGUGACUGAAGACGCUUAUUUUCAACCUGCUUGCACAGGUAGUACAUCCGUUGGCGACAUCAUUCCAUCCACUAUCAUUAGCAACGAUCCGUUUUAUGCCUCGGUUGGUCCACAGCUCUAUGCAAUCGGCUGCAUGACGGUGGUCAGCUAUGUAUUGGUAAUCAUUCUCCUCAUCACUCCUCGAAAGUUCUAUAUUGGGAGCCACGGCGGCGACGGAAAUCUUUUGGGGCGACAUGGUAUUAUAAGUGGCUCUUAUAGUGGAAAUUCCUCCGUUACUGGCGUGGGUGGCCGUCCCUGGCUGCAGAAGGUCGCAGCGCUAUCAUGUGCAAUCUCCCUUACCCUUGCAACGAUUGAUUCAUUGCACGUAGCCCAAACACAGUACGAAAUGGGUGUUACAGAUGCCACAGCUAUGACAGAGGAGGUGAUUGAUGGCACUGAACUUCGGAUUGUCCGUGUCGUGUCGAGCACGUUUCUGUGGCUUGCUCAAGUCCAGACACUUAUCCGGCUUUUCCCGCGCCAUAAAGAAAAGGUCUUGAUCAAGUGGGCGGGCUUCGCAUUAAUUGUGCUUGACACAAUUUUUGCCAUUUUGGACAACUUCGUCUCACAUGGUUCGGAAACGCAUCCGCGGCUUUUCGAUGAUGCUAUACCAGCGCUUUCCUACCUCUUUGAAUUGGCCCUCAAUAUGCUUUAUGCAGCCUGGGUGAUCUUCUAUUCGCUCUCGAAGCAUAGAUUUGCUUUUUUCCACCGGAAGAUGCGCAACAUCUGUCUCGUAGCAACGUUCUCUCUCAGUGCGGUCCUGAUUCCCGUCGUAUUUUUCAUUAUGGAUAUCGCUUCACCCGAUGUCGCUGGGUGGGGUGAAUAUAUUAGAUGGGUAGGGUCUGCGGCUGCUAGUGUCGUUGUCUGGGAGUGGGUGGAGAGGAUAGAGGCUCUUGAGCGCGAUGAGCGGAAAGAUGGGAUCUUGGGCCGGGAAAUCUUUGACGGUGAUGAGAUGCUGGAGGUCACUCCCUCUCAAGAAGUUGAAUGGCCUAGGCAGUCUAGUCCCCGUGAGGAUGGAAAUGGGCGAGGAACAGGUGCUGCUUGGAGGAAUGUUAUCGCGCCUAACAACAACAAUAAACCCUUUCGAAGGGGCCAUCUUGCUUUCCAAUUAGGAGCUCAUGCCCGAAAUGCUGCUACGAACGGGGACCAGGAUGGCACUGCCUCGCCUCGCCAAAAUGCGUCUGCUCCUCCCGUACCUCCGCCGGCCGCGGUGACGCCCAUCAGUCGAGGUGACACUAUCAGUGCUGCUUCAACGGAUUAUUAUGUUCGCUACCACCCUGUUGCCAGUCCCACACCUCCAAUAUCCGCCACGCCUGUGGAGCAUCAGGGUCACUAUGAACCUCAAGGCAAGCAGGAUGAUAUUUGUAGCACCAUUGUGCCAUCUCACGGAGCACAGCGCCAACCUGCAGCAAAUAGCCAAUUUUUUGCAAGUUCUUCAGGUUGGAAGCGUUGGCUUCCAAUGGCUAGUCUGUUUGAGACAAGACGGUCAUCUCCGCCACAGGAAAUAGCCACGGCCCUGGAAGAGGAAGAGAACACACGCGACAGAUCCAGUGACAGUGACGACGAUAACAUGUCAGAAAAAUGCGCAUCUCCUACCGACACAAGUUCAAAUUCAAGGUUUAAACAAACCCUUUCUUCCAUUCAGCAUGGUGAGUGGCACAAUCUAUUCGGCGCUGCAAAAGCCCGUAAGCCUUUGAGUGUGACUGUUAUUCCCUCUCGCGAUCUUUCUCAACAGCCGUGGUCACCGCAACCUCCUGGGUCGGUCUCGAGCGAUCGCAUGCACGGUGCGCCUGGGUUGCCAGUAACGGUGAUUCCAACACACGGACAACGCACAUCAAUGUGGCCCUCGUCGGCAAAUACUGGUAAUGAAUCGGGGAGCAAUAGCCAACUCCGAUAUGACCCGGAGACGGCUGCUCUGGUGGAAGUAGAUCCGAAUUCUGGCACGUCAAUGAAUUAUUCGGCGCCUGACCAACGGUUUCCAACUGAAACAGAAAGGACGUCUCAUGCUUCGCAGGAUGGUCAAAUGCUACUGCACCGGUCAGCUUCAGCCUUUGAGGCUGGAGCUAUGCGUUCUAGACAAGAUAUACCCCAACAAUCAUGGCAAAUUGACCAUGUUGGUACGGAUUCAGAAGCGAGACAGGAUACGCCUCAGAGUCACGGGUCUCGGUGA